UGGGAAUGGGGAUAUAAAUAUGGGUUUGGGACUGCAUUUGGUAUCAUUCAACAACUAACUAGGCAUCGUUCAUUGUCUAGACUACUACUAUUUCUUUGCCUAGUACUAUCCUCCAUUCUGGAUUUUUGAUUCUAUACUAUACCCUUCUCGUUCCCGAUUCAAGCAGAUUUUACAACCACCACAAUGACCAAAUUGUUCGCUCCUCUUCAAGUCGGACGCAUGUCCCUAGCCCAUCGUCUCGCCAUGGCGCCCAUGACUCGAUUCCGCGCCGACGACGACCACGUCCCUCUCCCCAUGAUGACCGAACACUACGAACAACGCGCCGCUGUCCCAGGUACCCUUCUCAUCACGGAAGCGACUCUCAUUUCGCCCCGUGCGGGUUCCUACCGCAACGUGCCGGGCAUCUGGAGCGAGGCGCAGAUCGCUCAAUGGCGGAAGCUGACGGACGCGGUGCACAAGAAGGGCUCGUACAUCUAUAUGCAGCUGUGGGCUCUGGGUCGGGUGACAGAUCCGGUUGCUCUGAAGGAGGAAGGAGAUUAUGAUGUUGUCUCGAGCAGUGCGGUUCCGUUCGGGCAGGGUCCUGUGCCGAGGGAAUUGAGCGAGAAGGAGAUCCGCGAGUACAUUGCCGAUUAUGCGCAGGCGGCGAAGAAUGCUAUUGCGGCUGGGUUUGAUGGGGUUGAGAUUCACGGUGCUAAUGGGUAUCUGAUUGAUCAGUUCAAUCAGGAUACGGUGAAUAAGCGCACGGAUGCCUGGGGUGGAAGUGUUGAGAACCGGUCCCGGUUUGCGGUGGAGGUGGUUCGUGCCGUGGUCGAGGCUAUUGGUGCGGAUCGCACCGGUAUCCGGUUCAGUCCGUAUAGCACGUUCCAGGGUAUGAAGAUGGCGGAUCCCAAGCCGCAGUUUACGGAUCUGGCGAAGAAGAUGGCCCCGUUUAAGCUGGCGUUUGUGCAUCUUGUGGAGGCGCGCAUUGCUGGUAAUACGGAGGGUGCGGAGUCGGAUGAGGAGACCCUGGAGUUCUUCACCAAGGCGUAUGGCAAUGCUGGACCUCUGGUGGUUGCUGGUGGUUUCAAGCCUGAUUCGGCCAAGGAGGCGGUCGAUGUGCAGUACAAGGAUCUUGAUGUUGUUGUUGGCAUCGGUCGUCCUUGGACUUCGAACCCCGAGCUGCCUUUCAAGAUUCAGCACAACAUCCCUCUUCGUCCGUACCAGAGAGAGGUCUUUUACGUGCCUAAGGAUCCCAAGGGUUACGUCGACUAUGAGUUCAGCGAGGAGUUCAAGGCUGUGAAGGUUGCUGCUUGAUCAUGAGAUUGGUUUGUUUCUUCUAGAGGGGGCAUUUGAUGGCGUUCAUUGCAUUGCAUAGCAUAGAAUUGGUGUUAAUUUGAUACAUUGAUAGAUGACCCCGUUCUCUAAUGCUUGUACUGAGAUUUGUUAGAAUUGGCAAAGCAACUGCUGG